AUGCUCAAAUCUCAAACCACUGAUGAUAUUGGUAGUAACACCAACAAACUCGACGCCUCCAGCAGCAAUCCAGAUCGGCGUAGGUCACCUUUCAUCAAUUUUUUCGUUUUCAUCUGGACACGGAUUAAAGUCCUCUUCACAAGUGCAUUGGGUGACGUCUGUGAUUGCUCUGUGUCCUCCAAAAACAGACCCUCAAACGGCGACUCCUCCAUCAAAGGUGAUGAAGAUUGUGCUGAAGGGACUUCUAGUCAGUUGAAUAGAUCGGUGCCAAAUGUCACCGAUCAGGAGCCCAGCAAGUGUAUUGUUCUUCACACAAUUACAGAGGAGGGUAGUGAUGAUCUCAGAUCCGAGCAAACAGUGGCUCCUCAACCAUCUAAAACCGCCGUUUCUCUCUUACUUAGGGAGUCAUCUCAACAUCAAAGAAACUCGUAUGACACGCUUGAAACUUCCGAGCCCAUUUCAGAGGAGCAUUUGGAACCUGUAGAAAUCACAGGCGAGGGAGUUUUCUCAACCGCUAUUACUUUCGCCCACCCUGUCAUGAUGACAAGCGUCUCACCGCGGGCCCACUUACCAAGGUUGCUUCAGGUUGCUGAAAAAUUGCAUGCUUAUGAAGUCCCCCCCAUAACGGAGGAGGAAGUUGUUGCGGAGGACGACUACCCUGCCGAAAGUGUGUGCUCAUCUUCUGAAGUCUCGAAUGCUAUAGAAUGCUCCCAUCCACUCACAAUUCUCGGGAGACUGCACACCAGAUUGCAAAAUAAGGACUUAACAAACGAGGAGUAUAAUCAUUUGGCUACUUCCGUAAUAGCAUCCACUAUUCCCAGGAACCUUUCAGAUUCCGCUGAGACUCGAAAACCCCAUGGGGCGAAUCAACUCUACGCUUGGCAACUUCCUCCCCCCUUGCCUGAGCCUGAUCCAGCUGAAGUGAUAUUACCUCACUCGCAGCAGACAGCAACUGAUGCACCGAAUCCCAGUUUUUUUGUGGAUUUGGUAAUUUCAGAUGCAGUUGAAAAGGUGGCCCAUGGAUCAGACUGCGACCCUGAAGUGAAUAAAUGCAUUGCAAAAAGACCUUCCCCUGUUGAUCAAGUUGACAACUGCUCCUCAGUAGUUUUAGACCCUUCCCAUAUUUGCCUUCCCUUGACCUGCGAUAUCUAUUACGAUGGUCUCCAGACAGCCAGUCUGGAUAGGAUACGCAGUCCCACUGCAUACAGUUCCACUAAAGCCAUACGCUCAAAGCGAAGCAGUUCUCUCAAAUCGGAGCGGUCUCCUGACGAAACGCCGUGCCGGAAAAUUGUUAGGUUUGCAGAUACCUUGGGACUUGAUUUGGCUACUGUAAGGCAGGUUAAAGAUGCAGACCAUCCACCCUUGAUUCCCGCCUCGGCAACUUUUGAUCUCAAUCUAGACACCGAGAAAAGUUUCAGCUCAUUGGGUGCCAAGCAAUUCCAAAUAUGCUUCCCUCAGCCUGGCGCUUCGCCUAUCUUCAUGCAUCGAGUUCUCAAUUCCUACGUUUGUCUUGAAAAUGCCAGGGUGGAUUCUUCCAGGGGUCUGUUGACUGGAACGAUCAGAGUUAAGAGUGUGGGUUUUGAAAAGAAGGUCGCCGUGCGAAUAACUUAUGAUAAUUGGUCAACAUUCUUUGAAAUACCUGCCUCCUAUGUGCAAGAUUCCCACGACGGUACUACCGAUAGGUUCUCCUUCUGUGCAGUCUUCCCCUCUUCUAUGGUGGCCAACGAUCGAGCUCAGUUUGCAAUACGCUACGAAACGCACUCAGGAGUUACGUACUGGGACAAUAAUCUUGGCGAGAACUACACCAUUCAUUGCUAUGCCAAGGCUACUGAUAUGGCUGGAGAUGGCUCCUGGAUUCACUACCUUUGA